AUGGUGAUCGGCUUCCAGCGAUGUCGCGUGCCGAAGCUGCUCGCUGCGUACUCCGUGAGAACUGUAUUUGUGCAAUGUAUGGUGUGCCCUAUUGCUGCGCUUGUGCUGUCCUUCAUCGUCGGUUCUUUAAUCCAUUCAGAAACCCUUUAUAACUAUAGAUGGACCUGUGGGAUCGUUCAUCUACCAUCAAUAUCGCGGGUCAUGAAUAUGCCAUUGGAGCGCAUUAUCUUCCAACUCCUGAUACUCUUCUCAGUGCCGUUCAGAUUGUUUGUCCUAUUGAAGCAUUGGAUGGAGUUUUCGAGAAAGGAAGCGCCUCGACUUUAUCUGAUUGCACGAAAGAUGUUGGUAGUGAGCGGAUUAGGCGAGGUUCUCUUCCUUAGUCUUCUUACUGUUAUUGGUGAACGUGAAAGUGGAGAUAUCCACGUUCUGCUCUUCACUGCGUUCGCUGUUUUUUCAUACAUUUACUUCGUUGUUAUGAGCUUGUUGACGAGAUGGACAUAUCCCGGAGCUGAACAGGAAUCUCUGAGGAAGAAGUUACAGUUGGGAUUCUUAUCUGCUGUGACGUUCACGAUUCCCGUAAUUUUUGUGCUUUUCGUUCUCUACAAUGUUCUCUGCGUGCCAACAAGAUCGAGAAAAAUGAUGUCAUUUGAGCACGACAACAACACGAGUUGUUUACUUCUACGUUUGAAUUGA